UCUUCUCUUCCGUGCACAAACAACAAACCCAACAGAUGAGACAUGAAGAAACCUCGGAACUCAACCUCCAUUGUCUACGUCAAAUGUCUCAGCAGCAGCACCGACACCAUUCCAAACGCGACCACAAGAACCCCACCAGUGCUAAGAAUUUCUACGAGCUCUCCUUAUCUGUAAUUCUCUCUCUUUGGUGCCUUGUUUUCUUGUUCUACUCUAGACUCGGCCUCAGCCAUGAAAAUGGAGGGAAUUCAACUCAUGACAGAAGCACGACUUGCCCUAGUGUUUGCAAGGAUAAGUUUUGUAAUGAUCCAUGUUCAUAUGAUCCAAAUGGAAGCAAUAACUGUACCAAUUCGAUGCUCCUAGAUCUUAAUGAGUCUGUGAGCCAUAUGAACUGCACUAUUUAUCAGCAUGUCGUCAAGCGUGAGUAUUCUCUCCCACAGACAAAUAGAAUUGAGGAUGUGAUUUUGAGUGUCUUGGGUUACAAGGCUUUUAUAUGUGAAGUACAACAAGAACGGAGUACGAGUGAACCAAAACAGCUAACUGAUCUUAAGACUUCUCCUACUUAUCUCAAUCUUGAUGAGUUCCGGAACAUAACUCAGCAAGCCAAAGGCAGUGAUGCACCAAGCCAACUGAUUAACAUCACUCACCGUCUUCAACCUGAUGGAACUGAGUACAACUAUGCUUCUGCAAUGAAAGGUGCAAAAGUGGUUGCUCAAAACAAAGAAGCCAAAGGAGCAAGUAACAUAUUGGGAAAGGAUCAUGAUAAAUAUCUCAGAAAUCCUUGUUCUGUGGAGGAGAUGUUUGUUGUGAUUGAACUUGCUGAGGAGACUCUGGUUGAUGCUGUCAAAAUUGCAAAUUUGGAACACUAUUCUUCAAACUUCAAGGAAUUUGAACUGAGGGGUAGUCUGAAUUAUCCAACUGAGACAUGGUAUCCAUUGGGCAAGUUUGUAGCCGCAAAUGUCAAGCAAAUCCAAACCUUUACCCUUCCUGAACCCAAAUGGCUAAGGUACUUGAAACUAAACUUACUCAGUCAUUAUGGUUCGGAGUUUUACUGCACGCUGAGUGUUGUAGAGGUAUAUGGUGUUGAUGCAAUUGAGAGAAUGCUUGAAGAUCUAAUUGAAGGGCCUGCUACUCUUAAAUCAGCAAAACCUGAUUCAACCACAAUGCCAUCUUCAAAACCAGAAGUGGAUUCCAUCAAUGGUGAAAGAAAUGAAGUGCAAAGUGGAACUCAGACUGCUGCUGUAGGAACAGAAAACAAAGAGGACUCUCAAAGGCCGAAUGAAGAUAUGAUGAAGAAUCCUGUCAGAACAAGCAAGAUUCCUGAUCCUUUAAUUGAAGUUAGACAGCAGCCAGUUGGCAGAAUACCUUCUGACACAGUUCUGAGGAUCUUGAUGCUGAAGGUGCGGUCCCUUGAGUUGAACUUAUCUGUCCUGGAGGAGUAUGCUAAGGAAUUGAACAGAAGACAAGGGGAUGUUUUACCAGAGCUUGAGAAAGAGCUAUCAAGAGUUGCACCACUUUUGCGUAAAGCCAAUGAAGAAAUAAUAGAUGUUCUUCAAUGGAAGGAAAAAAUGGAAAGAGAAUUUGAAGACCUGGAAUCGUGGAAAGCUACCGUGUCAUCUACUUUGGAUGCUUUGGUCAGAGAAAAUAGCAUGUUGAGAUCAGAUAUUGAAAAGGUUGCACGUGAUCAUGCAACUUUGGAGAGUAAAGAGCUAGCCGUGCUGGCCAUAAGUCUCUUCUUUGCAGGGUUAGCAAUUCUGAAGUUAGUUUUAGCAAGAGUUGCUACUAUUUUGGGAGCCUCACAGCCUGAUAAGGUAUGCCGAACGAGUAGGGGUUGGGUGUUGAUACUUGUUAGCAGCAGUAUGACAAUAUUCAUUACCUUGCUAUCUAGCUAGCCCCCCUCAUUCAAUUGGGGGUGGGGGGGGGGCAGUUCCACCCCCCUUGACCUUGGGUGGUUUUCAGGUGCUGGUAGGACUAGGACUGGUCCAGUCAAUGGACUCAAUUAAUUACCCAAAAAGAAACCCAAGGACUGUAAAUGAUAUAAUCUCAUUGAAUCAGUCAAUCAGGUAGACAAAUUUUUUAAUGUUCUUAUUUUUUUUUCUACACUAGUAUGAUUCUUUUCUCUCCGUGUCUGUUUUUCCAUAAUCUGAUGGUAUGUAGGUACGAUUCUUAAGCCAUUAUGGUUGGCUUGGUUGGAAAUGGAAAUGGAAAUGUAGAUAAAUUUUAGUAAAAUAA